AGAAGAAGAAGAAAUCAUCAAUCGGAAAGAGAGGUCGGUAGCUAACGAGACGUACGGUGCCGCUUUUACGUAUCCGCUGCCUUUCUUUGACUAUUUAAAGGACGCUUUGCAUGGGAGGGAAUUCGUCGAAGUCGAGACAUCAUUGAGCGAGCGACUCGAAGAAAUGGAAAGCCAGAAAAUCAUUCGUCUUCUCGCGCUUAUUUUCUCUCUUCUCAUGAUUGAAAAAUCGAUGGCAACCCGAAUUCUGUUCAUGAAUUAUUCUCCUCCUCCUCCAGACGGUGACCACAGCUGGAUCGGCGCGAACGGGAGCCCGCCGGUUCAGGAUAAACACUGGAGCGGCGACGGUUCUGGCCAGGGGACGGUCCUGGUGCCUCCACCUUCGACGAAGACCACGCUCUCUGAAGACAGCACGCCGAACUCGUCCGCGAAAGCCGUAGUGGUCGCCCCAACCAAUGCUAAAGUCGAUGUCUCGACCGCCGCCUCUCCUACAAGCGCCGCUUCGAGCGCGCACGUCACCAGCAGCAGCAACACGUCAAGCACCAAAGCCACUGGCGGGGGCACCGUCUCAACAUCCAGCUACAAGAGCGUCAGUGCAAGCAGCAGCAGCAGAAGCACUUUUACUAAAUACCCUUGAUGAUUGCGAAGUAAAAAGCUAAAGUUCUUGAUGAUCGACGCUUUCUUUUCUUUCUUCUUUGUUUGUUCUGACACUUUUUGAUAGAAGUAACGCAUUCUUUCGUGGAGUUGUGCCAAACUAUCCAGUUCAUGUGUGAGUUUGUUCUUGAUUCUGAAGUGAAUGUUAUUUUGUUUGAGAAA